AAGAAGAAGACGCAGCGUUUGCUAGCUUACGUUAGCGUCAGCCCAUCGCUCAAGAGCACACCUUAUAGUCAAAAACAGGCGAUAUUACGUAAAAAUAUACCUCGAGUGGCUCAAAAGGACGUACAUUUAGUGCUAGCGUGACUCUAAAUAUGCGUGUCUGACCCAAAGUGCGGCGAGUAUUGCAGUAAUCCGGACCGCGAUGAAGACUCGUUUCCAAACAGGCCAAAACAACUCCAGCUUCAUCAUCUGAGGUCUUCCUCACAUUCUGCUGCUAAGAUGGACUUCAUUAAAGAGGAGAGUGAAGAAAUUAGGAUUCCCGAGCCUUGCAGAGUGAAAGAUGAGCAAACAGAGGAACCUAGAGGCCCGAUGCAAGUGAAAGAGGAGAGCGAAGAGGAGAGCGAAGAGGAGUGCGAAGAGGAGAGUGUGGACAAUAAUCAUCAGCUGGAGGAUCCUCAGAGUCUCCUCAGCGGACAGAAGAUCUUGAGCUGCUCAGAGUCUGGGAAGGGCUUGUCUCAUAAGAGAGCUCAGAAAACAGCCGGCUUUUUCUUCACCUGCCUCGAAUGCAAAAAGAGCUUCGAGUCCAAAGAGCACCUGAUGGACCACUUCAGAAUUCACUCCGGAGAAAGCUGCACAGAGAACGAAACCAACCUGAUGCAGAAAGCGGCUUCGGGAACGGUUUGCAAGCUGCCCUUCACCUGCUUUCAGUGCCAGAAGAGUUUCGCGUGUAAAGAGCACCUGAUGGAUCACUACAGGAUUCACACCGUGGACAGACCGUUCCCGUGCGAUCAGUGCGACAAGAGCUUCAUUCACAAGCAGAGCCUUAAGAAUCACCUAAGAGUUCACACUGGCCUGAGGCCACACGUUUGCCAGCAGUGUGGCAAGAGCUACAUCCACAAAGACAACCUCACCGAUCACAUACGGAUCCACACCGGAGAGAAGCCGUUUGCAUGUGAUCAGUGCGGAAAGAGCUUCACACACAAAGGAAGCCUCCUGCAUCACAUGAAGAUCCACACCGGACUCAAGCCCUUCACCUGCCGCCAGUGUGGACGCCACUUCACCCACAAAGGAAACCUGAAGAUCCACAUACGCAUUCACUCCGGAGAAAGACCCUUCACCUGCCCUCAAUGCGGCAAGAGCUUCAUUUAUCACGGGAACCUGGUGGGGCACAUGAAGAAGCACUCGGGAGAGAAGUUAUACCACUGCACUCAGUGCGGGAAGAGCUUCAUCGAGGCUAGGCAUCUGCAGAAGCACGUGAAAACGCACGCCACCGAGCGUCCCUUCGUGUGCUCGCAGUGCGGACGCGGCUUUUUAUGGCACCACAACUUCAAAGAGCACCAGAAGAUCCACACCGGAGAGAAACCGCAUGUGUGCUUCGACUGCGGGAAGGCCUUCACCAGACUCAUUUACCUCAAGCGGCACCAGAGGAUUCACACCGGAGAGAAGCCGUACAAGUGCGCUCGCUGCGGGGUGUGCUUCACCGUCUUGGACUCGCUCAAAGCACACGAGCGAGUGCACACCGGAGAGAAACCCUACGAGUGCCCGCUGUGUGGGAAGUGCUUCGGACGACUGAGCACGCUUCUGACUCAUAAGAAGAAGCACUGUCCCAAGCUGACGAAGUGAAUGGAACUAUUCUUGCAGGGAUGCUUUAUAAAUGUUGUUUAAAGGGGUCAUAUGAUGUUGCUAAAAA